CCAAUUCAUUAUAAACAAAAGUGAAGAUGAAAGAUAUACAAACUUUUGAACGCUGCCUAAAAGACUUUGAAUAUUUUAAAGACUUUCAGGGAUUUCUUGAUCCCAGAGACAAUGGUCAAAAAAGGAGAAUACCGCUGAAGAGGAAGCUGGUCCGGUUCAAUCCACUGAAUGAUCUUAAUGAAAAUCAGUUCCGUAUAAAGUAUCGGUUCAGUAAGGAAAGUCUUCGACGAAUUAUAGAAAUAGUGCGAGAUGAUCUCGAAAUCGAAUAUUAUGAACCAUUGAAAAGGGAGCAAGUUCCCAUAGACUUGCAAAUUUUAUCAGCCAUCCGCCUGUGGGGUGGAACAGAGCACCCUAAAUUGACUGCAAUGGCGCAUGGCGUAAGUUUACGAACUUUGGCAAAAAUCACUCGUCGGGUUGCUUCAGUUUUAGCUUCAAAAGCGUCGCGAUAUAUUAGAAUGCCGGCGACUCUUUCCGAAAAAGAGCGAAUAAUGUGUUCAUUCCAAGCCAUUGCCAAUAUGCCACAGGUUAUUGGGGCACUAUUGCAGACCACUGUGAGAUUUCUACCCGAAAACUCUGGCUCUUAUCUCAGCGAAGAUGAUCCUGAUGGCGAAUCAACGUAUCCAGCUCAAUCGAACGAAGAGCUGCAUUUGCAAAUUGUCUGCGAUGCCGCCCAUAAGAUAAGGGACCUGGAUAUUCGCCUGAUUGACGAACACUCAAUGGCCUCAGACGCUGAGAUGUUUGCUUUGUCUAAAAUCAGGGAUCGGUUCGAACAGAAUGAGUUUCGCGGUCGAAUCCUGCUGGGCAGCGAAAUAGUUCGUUGUUCUUCCUCACUCUACACGCCAGUGCGUUUUCCGAGAAAUCAAUCCGAGGAGCUCUAUAAUCAUGCCCACUCCACCACGUAUGCGUCGGCCAGGAAAUGUCUAAGCCUCUUGAUGAGUCGCUUUGGUGUUCUGGGCACUGAAAUUCUAGGAUCUCAAUCAUCGGCCAAGCAAACUAUCACAGCGCUGUCUAUUUUGCAUAAUAUGGCAAUGGAAUGGGCAGAUCCCAGCAUAGAUUCGGAACUGCAUGUUUCACCUUAUAAAUCUACUUUCUUCAAUGCCAUGACUAAUGUAUCCAAAUCCGGAGAAGACAACAAUAGAAAGCAGUUCAUUAAAACUCAUUUUGCAUCUCAAUAAGAACAGUAUUCAUUAUAAAUUGUAAUAAAUAAUAAAACAUUAAAUUCUAGAUGUAAACUA